UAGUACCAAUGGGGUUGAAUUGAGCGGAGGGACACAACAGUGGUGCGGCCCGUGAAUGCCUUGGGAUCCAGCGGAGAAACACGAGUAUGGAUGGCGGCGGUGAUGCGGCUCAGUGUUCCACCGUUUUUUCACGAGGAGAAAAGAGACUGACGCUCGAGCGGGUGGAGACUGCUACACAUUUAAAUCCCCCGGGUCGGUUUUUCAGCGUUUAGCAACGAACAACUUUAGUUUUUUUUUAUUUUUCUUUCUAUUGUUGGAUUCUUUCUAGCUGAUUUGAUGUCGUAAAUGACAGGUCUGUAAGGGCGUCGUUGUUGGGAAGUUUUUUCGAGGGGGGGUUUUGACCAGCGAAGGGCCAUGGCAGUCGAGGCUCGGCCGGAGCUGGUCGGGAAGCGGUUCCUCUGUGUCAGCGGGGACGAGCCGCCUGAAAUUGGCGACAUCGGUCGGUGGCCGUGGAGGUCCGGGGUCAUACGAGCCGUUAACCACCGUGACAGCGACAACCCCGACCUGACGGUAUAUGUGGAGUUUGAUGACCAGGAGUGGGAGAAGAGAGAGUGGGUAAAGGUCUAUGAGGAUUUCCAGCUGUUUCUACUGGAGCACCAGCUGGUCUGGGCCAAGAGGAAGGAGGGAGCAGGAGGAGGAGGAGGAGGAGGAGGAGGAGGAGGAGGAGGAGGAGGAGCAGGAGCAGGUGGAGGAGCAGGAGGCCUGCUGCAGGGGACCAAGGCCAAACACAUACAGUGGCCUGCCCUGGCGUUUAAGCCAGUGGUGGGGAAGAGCCUGUUGUCACCAGUUACAGCAGUGGAAUUCUUAUUAGACCGACAGCUGGACUUCCUAUCUGACCAUUCAGCCUACCAACCAUAUCAGGAUGAGGUGGACAGUCAGAACCCAGUGAUUAGAGACAACCAUCAGCUCCAUGAAGAAGUGAAGGGCUGGCUCAAAGACCAGAAGGUGCAGGAAAUUUUUAUGCAAGGUCCAUAUUCCUUAAAUGGCUACCGUGUGCGUGUGUACAGACAAGACUCGGCCACCCAGUGGUUCACUGGCAUCAUUACACACCACGACCUUUUCAGUCGAAACAUGGUCGUUAUGAAUGACCAGGUGCUAGAGCCUCAGAACGUAGAUCCAUCUAUGAUCCAGAUGACCUUUCUGGAUGACGUGGUCCACUCCCUGUUGAAAGGAGAAAACAUUGGCAUCACUUCCAGACGAAGGUCACGAUCCAGUCAGAACAAUAACUCUGCCCACAUGGCGGGAGGGAGACCCGGCGGGACCACUGGCAACACUCAGAGUCAUUACACACGAGCCCAGGCCAACAGCCCCCGCCCCAUCAUGACCUCCUCAGGCCCCAACCCAAAGGGAUCCCAGGGGACGCUGGCCUCCCAGCAGCAGAGCCAAUCACAGCAAAGCCAGCAGCCAGCCAGCCAAUUGCACAACUCGCCCGGCAGCAGCGGGCGGGAGCAGAGAGAGCAGCGCAACUCUCGCUCUUCCAGGAGGAAAGGCUCAGACAGCAGUGUCCCAGAGGAGGACAAAGACAGGAGGGAAGAGCCCGCAGGGAGAGACUGCAAGUCAAAGUCUAAGCAGGCGGUGAACAAACGCAGGAAGGGCGAGGAAGAUGAGAAGAAGGCAGGUCUAAAGAGGCUGAAAACCGACAUGACUUCAGAUCUGUCAGAGAGCAGCGACUCAGAAAACCCACACAAGAGGACCGCCCACUCCUCAUGCUCCUCUUCUUCUUCCUCAUCAUCAUCGUCAUCCUCUUCCUCCUCUUCCUCCUCGUCGGAGCCUAACUCUGAAAAUGAGCUAAAGACUCGCAGCAGUGAUGUGAAACCGAGCAGCGUUUCCAAAAAGGAGGAAGAUGAGAAGCCGUUGUUGCAGGGCUCCAAAAUGAACGAUUCUUCGUCUCUCAUUGGUCGCCUUUCCCCGUGGGUGGAGCUUCAAGCAACGGAGGACAGUGAGAAGGGUGUGGUUAAGGAAGCGGGCAAAAUGAUAACGAAGGAGGAGGAGGAAUUGGUUGCAGUAACACAGAUCACCCAGCCUCCACGGCAACAGACACCUCUGACGUCGGACACCGUCCAGGGCAGCAUUUUGGAGAGCAGCAAGAACAACGUGAAAGUGUCAUCUCGAUCCCAGACGCCGUCGUUGUCCCACAUCCAUGGCAGCAGUGUCAUCGACAUCACGGAUGACGCCCAGGCGACGGUGCACCAGGAGAGCUCCGAAGCGGUGUCGGCACUGCUCGCCUCCCAGAAGGCCGAGUCCACGUCCCUCUCACCUUACCUUCCCCUCAACCCCUCUCCAGUCUCCUCGCCUCCUGUCCCUCCAUCUCCUUCCCCAUCAGAAGGAGGCCGCAGGACUGAUAUUGAACCUCCCAUGCAGCAGCAGCAGCAGCAGGGCUUUAUGGGAGGUGGCAUGACAGCCUCCAGGAGCUUAGGCAACAAGAUAGAGUUUGCUCCCUCUGAGGUCAUCAGGCCUGUCACAUCGAUGGCUGAAAACGUGGUGCUGGUGGAGAAGGAGAAAACUGUCCUUUCAUCCCCCCAUAUUCUUCAUCAUCAUCACCAUCAUCAUCACCAUCAUCAUCAACAGCAGCAACAGCAGCAGCAGCACACACAACAGCAACACUACACAUCAAUCCACCCCGGCAUUAAGAGCCCGUCUCUGUCUGAGGAGACGAGAAAACACCCCCAACAACAACCACCCCCCCACAAGAUGAACACAGUCCUCCCUCCUGACUUAGCCAAGUCCAAAAUGAGUCCAAACACAAACCCCAGUCCAGCUCAGCUCGACUCCCUGAAACAGAAAUUCCAGCACCCCAACAACUCUCAAUGCCAUCCUUACCCCAACACAAAUUCAGCUGAACUCCUCAAGGCCAAGCCCCACCCGGGCCUGCUGGACAUCUCCAAACCGAAACCCAACACCUCUCCAGAGGUCUCUAAACAUAAAAUACCGAGGUACUCUGAUACGUCCCCACCUCCAACAGCCCGUUCGUCCACUAAAGUAGAAAUAGCAGAACCUCUGCGAUCUGGUUUCAAGCCGGUGCCUGCGCGGUCGGAGUCGGGUGGUGUCAGUACAAGCAGCAGCAGCAGCAUCACCAAGAGCCCUCUGAUCAUCGAUAAGAACGAGACCUUCACUGUUUACAGGGACCCAGCACUGGUCCGCUCAGACGCGGAGAACUCCGCCUCUGCCACUGUCUCCUCUAACCACGUGGCAGCCUAUCUCCAUCCCCACCUCCACACCCUCCACUCCCCCUCCCCUCACUCCCCCUGCCUCACACCUGCAUCCCACCCCCACGCCGCCUCUCACCUCCUCGCCCCUCCUCACUCAUCUGCCCUACCUCACCCUCACCUUUUACCCCCUGGCGUGCUCCCAGCCAUGCCUCCACCCGCAGCAUCUCUCCUUGGGGGACACCCUCGGCUCGACUCCCCCGGCGGGUUGGGCCACCUCGCCAUGCCUCACCCAGCAGCGACACACCAGCAGCAGUUCCUACAGGGUCAGAGCCACCCUCCACCCUCUCUACUAGCCCAGGCUCACGGUGGGGCAGCAGGGCUGGGCCUUUACCCCAUCCUUUGGCAGUACCCCAAUGGAACACCAACCUCUUUCCCCCCAGGGCUCAACCUGCCCCCCACAGCUAAGUGGGUCCACCCUGAAAAUCCUGUCACAGUGAACUCUGAGGCUUCUCUCAGGAGGAACACAGCCAGUCCGUGGCUGCACCAGGCUGCUGGUAGUGCUGGUGACAGUCUGGGUUUGCUGAGCCAUGUUCCCGUUCGGCCAGCCAGCGCUGACGCCCACCGCCCAUCUGUCAAGAUCAACACACACGCAAGCCCUCCACUUUCAAAGGCCAGCGUUGACAUCCAUAAAGAAGAUGUGGAUAAGAAAGGCUUUGUGGACCCAAUAAGGAAGUUGACCCUGGGCCAGCUGAAACAGGAGCCAUCAGACAGGAGUCGAACCCCCACAGGGAAAGACGUCCACCUACACCGCCUCUUCCUAGACCCCCACAGCAAGGCUCGCCUGGCUAAUACACAGGAUGGAGUUCAGGCAGCAGAUCGAAGCAGUAAAUACAAAGAGGAGAAUCGGCAAAUCCUCAAAGAGAGCAUCGAGGUUGCUCCCUUCACCGCUAAGAUCCAGCGCUCCAGUGACCCCGGGAUGGACAGGGACAGAGAGAGAUGCAGAGAUCCAGCCUUUCCUGUCAGGAUACCAGCUCUCGCCUCCCCGAGCCCCAAGCCCAGUCAUGGCCAUCCCCACGUCAUCCAGUCAGAAAAAAGCAACUACUUCACCACACUGUCCAACAGUGUGGUGAACGAGCCUCCAAGACUUUACCCCUCCAAGGAGCUCAGCUCUUACUAUGAGAAAGUGUCCGCUGGAGCUCCAGGGGUUGUGGCCAGUGUCGGGGCUGCUGUGCCAAGCCAGGGAGCUCUUUCCCUGGGCAGCUACAGCUCCAAAGCCUCCCUCUCUAAGCCCCCUCCCCUCAUAAAGCACCAGCCAGAGGGGGGAGAGGGAUUAGCAGGGAAAAUAACUGAGCAGCUCAGCCAACAGGUGACACUAGUCCAACAGCAACAUCAGCACCAUCCAGGUAUAGACAGAAUAGAACGCCGCAGCCCUGCCAUCUCUCCCUCCUCCUCCUCUACAUUGUCCUCUUUCUCCUCAGCCCCUAACCACCACCAUCACCAUCACCACCACCAACAGCAGCAGCAGCAGCAGCAGCAACAGCAGCUCAGGGCAAUGCCAUCUCUCCACCGAGCGCCUGUCUUCCAUCCACCCACACAGCACGCGCUGGAACGCAAAGAGGCUGCAGAGCGGGAGAAGGAAAGAGAGCGAGAGAGGGAGAGAGCUGGUUAUGGUGGACGUCUGUCUCCACCAACACUCACACCCAUCCAACCAGUUAGCUUAGCAGCAGCUGGUAACAAGACAUUAGCGGAGCAGCAGAAGCCCCCCACGCUGCUGCCGGAACUCAGGGACGUCAAAGGUCAUGGAAACACUGCCGUUGUCACAUCUGUGGCCUCAGCCAUCAGUGGGGAGAUUAUGACUUCGUCUGCAGACGGGUGGAGAGGUGGAGAUUUGAUUCAGGAAAGAGUAGGCGCGUUCUCACGAGAUAAAGCAGUGUCAAGAGGCAAGCCCCAUGCCGCAAUGGCAUCAGUCAUCGUGCGUCCAUCGACAUCUAUUAAGUACGACAGUCCUGUUGGUGUUAACAAACCUGGUGCUAUGAUCCAUAAGGAGUUCCCUCAGGGGAGGUUCUACCCAUCCAAGAUUCAGGGGGAAUGUCCUAGACUAGGAGAGAGUGUGAGAGAACCUGGAGCUGGCAGGAUUAUCCAACCCAACUCCAACCUGGAUGACAUGUGUGUCCAGUAUAAAAAGACUAUGCGUGGCAUGCAGGGAACUAUGGGACCCAGUACAAUUAACUCUGUGUGCAGGACUGUCGUUUCAACUGGCACACAGAUUAAAAGUGUGACAUCUAUCCCUGAGCUGGGCUACUCAGUCUCAGCACGGGGAGAUAUUUCAGCCCAUAAAACCUGGGUGAUGAGCCACUCAGGCACAGGAGAGCACCAGGAGGGGUUAGGCUCACGCACCACAUCUCCAGGAGGGUCUCUGCCUCCCUCUAGUCCAGCAGGGCCACUCCAGCCUAGUCCAAGCCUCACCCCAACACCUAGUUCCAUUUCUGGCUCCAGUCAGCCUUACUCCUCCUCCUUUGUCCACCUUAAGAAGCACAAAGCUGCCUUGGCCGCAGCCCAAUCCAGGAGCAACUCCUCCACAGCUCCUGCAUCUAUCACAACUGGAAACUCCUCCCUAACUGUGGAUUCAGUUAACAAAACUCCUAUUCACAGCUCGCCCCCUCCACCCUCCUCCAGCCAAGCCUUGUCAUCCUCUGUCGACAGCAGUAGCAGCUCGGCAAGCGGCAGCACAACACCAGGCAAGUCCAGUCCCCUGCCUAAUGGCCAUACCUCUGGGUCAGCUUCAACAAGCAGCGGGCCGCCCAGUAACUACCACAAGCUGAAGAAAGCCUGGUUAACUCGGCACUCAGAGGAGGACAGGAACACAACUGCGACUACAAGCUCCACCAGUGCUAAACCAGAGAAACUGCCCAGCACCACCACCAGCACAAGUAACACCACAGCCAUGUCAGACAUGAUCAAACCGUGUACAGUCAACCUGAGUGCCUCCACCUCCAGCGAGGUGGAGAUGAGCAAAGACAGUCUGAGCAAAGUGGAGAGAGAGAAGCAGCUGGAGGAGAAGGUGGGAGGAGCAGCAGCGGGAGGAGGGGAGGAGAGGAAAGCAGCUCCUUUAUCAAGGCGAGGGAACAAACGGCCGUACGAUUCUGGUUCAGAAAGCGGGGGAGAUGACUCUGAUGCCAGCGAGAGCAAAAUGGAGGGCCGAGCCAAACGUCAGCCGAAACCAACCUACAAGAAGAAACAGAAUGACAUGGCCAAGAAGAAAGGAGACAAUGAAAAGGACGAAGAUGACAUGAAGCCUAAUGGUAUCUUCAGAUCUGCCCGAGAGAAGACAAAACUCAAACUGGCCAGCAGCAAUGGCAUCCCCCGUUCCGUCCUCAAGGACUGGAGAAAGGUGAAGAAGCUGAAGCAGACGGGAGAAUCUUUCCUGCAGGAUGACUCGUGUUCAGAAAUAGGACCCAACCUGCAGAAGUGUCGGGAGUGCAGGGUGGUCCGCAGCAAGAAGGGCGAGGAGCCGGCACACUCCCCCGUCUUCUGCCGCUUCUACUAUUUCAGACGGCUUUCCUACAGUAAAAAUGGAGUCAUCCGGAUGGAUGGCUUCUCCACUCCAGACCAGUUUGAUGAUGAAGCCCUGUCCCUGUGGAUCCCUGGGGGGUUGGAGGAGAGCCACCUGGACCAAACCACAGCCAAGUACAUCCUCAGCUUCAUAGGAGACAAGUUCUGUCAGAUGGUUGUGACUGAGAGUACUGCUGCCACCUGGAUCAAGAAGGAUGCUAAGCUGGCUUGGAAGCGAGCAGUGAGGGGGGUGAGGGAGAUGUGUGAUGCCUGCGAGGCGACACUCUUUAACAUCCACUGGGUCUGUCAGAAAUGUGGCUUUGUUGUCUGCUUGGACUGCUACAAGGCCAAGGAGAGAAGGAGCUCCAAAGAUAAAGAACUGUACGGCUGGCUGAAGUGUGUGAAAGGCCAACCCCACGAUCACAAGCACCUGAUGCCAACACAGAUCAUACCCGGCACAGUGCUGACAGAGUUGGUGGCUUCCAUGCACUCUCUGAGAGAAAAACACAACAUCAAAUCUCACUGUCCCUGCACCAACAAACAGAACCUCCUCAACAAACUGCCAGCCACCAACGGAGUCUCACAGGUUCUACAGAACGUCCUGAACCACAGUAACAAACUGUCUCUGGUGAAAGCUGAGCUGGGCUCUCAGCAGAACUCUGACCAAGGAGGAACCAAGGCAGAGACCAACGGAGGAGGAAGUAGCCCAGGCAGCAACGCAGGAAGUGCUCCUGUCACCCCGCCAGAGUCCCAGUCACCUCUGCACUUCCUGGCUGACCUGGCAGAGCAGAAAUCCAGAGAGGAAAAGAAAGAAAACAAGGAGUCUGUGCUGCUGGGUAAAUCUCUGAAGGAGGACAAGGAGGUGGACAGCCUGGAGGUCCUGCAGCAGUGUAAAACCACCUCACUGGUGGCUAACAGUACAGAGCAGGGCUCCACUCUCAGAGAUCUGCUCACUACCACAGCAGGGAAGCUGAAGCUUGGCUCUACUGAUGCAGGGAUCGCCUUUGCACCGGUCUACUCGACUGCUUCACAGACUGGGAAAGGUGGGCGGACCAUGCCCAAUAUCCUUGAUGACAUCAUUGCGUCAGUAGUUGAGAAUAAAAUCCCUGCCAGCCGCCAGAACAUCACCACCAAACUGUCAAUCAAACAAGAGUCUAUCACCCCAGGCAACAACAACAACCCUGCUCCUGCUGUGACUGAGGAUGUCAAACCAGAGAGGAAGAAGUCAGCGCCCGUCACUGCAGAAGUGCCAGAAGAAUCAACCAAUCAGUAUCCAGAUAUUUCCCAUUGCUGGUUAAACAACAAACGGUUACUGUGGCUCAAAGAUCACCGCAACCAGAACAACUGGAAGCUGUUCAGGGAGUGCUGGAAACAAGGACAGCCGGUGCUGGUGUCAGGGAUCCAUAAGCGACUGAAUGCCAGCCUGUGGAAAGCUGACUCUUUCAACCAGGAGUUUGCAGACCACCAGGGAGACCUCCUCAACUGUAAAGACCAGGUGGUCUCCAACUCUGGGAUCAAGGAGUUCUGGGAUGGAUUUGAGGACAUCACCAAGCGGCCGAAGUCCAAGGAUGGAGAACCUAUGGUCUACAGACUGAAGGACUGGCCGUCUGGAGAGGAGUUCAUGGCCCUCAUGCCUUCAAGAUAUGAUGACUUGAUGAAGAACCUGCCCCUGCCAGAGUACUCUGAUCCAGAGGGCAGCCUUAACCUGGCCUCCCACCUGCCAUCUUUCUUUGUCAGGCCUGAUCUGGGUCCAAGAUUAUGCUGUGCCUACGGUGUGGCUGCAUCUCAGGACCAGGACUUCGGGACUGCCAACCUCCAUGUGGAAGUUUCAGAUGUGGUCUCUGUUCUGGUCUAUGUUGGCGUAGCCAAAGGCAAUGGAGUCCUGUCCAAAACUGGAGUAUUGAAGCGUCUGGAGGAGGAGGAUCUGGAUGAGGGGGUUCGGAGGAGGCUCAAAGACUCCAGUGAGACACCGGGGGCGCUGUGGCACAUCUACCUCAACAGAGACAUGGACAAAGUCCGGGAGUUUCUGCACAAGCUCUGCAAGGAGCAGGGACUGGACGUGUCCCUGGACCAGGACCCAGUCAGAGAGCAGGGCUUGUACCUGAGCAGGAAGCAGCGUCAGCGGCUGCUGGAUGAACACGGAGUCCAGGGAUGGACUGUAGUUCAAUUCCUGGGAGACUCUGUACUCAUACCAGCAGGGUCCAUGCACCAGGUCCAGAACCUCCACAGCUGCGUUCAGGUCAUCAAUGACUUUGUGUCUCCCGAGCACGUGGCUAACUCCUUCCACCUGACUCAGGAGCUGCGGCCCAGCAAAGAGGAGGUCAACUACGAGGAUAAACUACAGGUGAAGAACAUCCUGUACCACUGUGUGAAAGAGGUGGUGAGUUCCCUGAAGAGGUCCAGCUCUGAGGAAGACGACGAGGAAGAGAACUCAUGACACCCCCUCUGCCUCGUCCAUACCUGCCAGAGAGGGACCCGACUCCCAUCAGCCCCUCGCUCUCCCCACACCCAUCUCCAUCUCACGUGGAGGACUGUGUCACGUGACCUGUAAGAGGUGGUCAGUUCAGAGCUGGUCAUGUGACCCAGGGGACCUCGCGGUUGUGACCUGUACACAUCCUGGUGGCCAGUGAGAGGCGCACACACCUCCAUCAUCACCCCAAACCUUCAGUGCCAAGAGGACACAAACACAAGACCAGAGGGCCUGCUGGACCAACGGGGAUUAAGCCUCAACUCCCACACCUCUGUGUGUUCCAUAGACUCAGAACACAGGGAGGACAGAGGAACUAGGAAACAGGCAGCAUGUUGGGAGCUUUAAAAAAAAAGUGAAGCAGCACUACAAACCUGAACUCUUUAGUGUGACUGCUGGUGCAUCCUGUUCACACUCAGACUGUCCUGUACACUCAGGCUCAGUGAUGCUGCCGCUCUCUGUAAUCUGCUGUGGAGGCCACGAGGUUUAAUCCCCAUCAAGGCAGCAGCCCACACCACGUCUUGGACAGAAGAUUUCGCUGAUCACGACAGCAUCACCAGCAGCAAAGCAGCAUCAGGAUCAAACUGUCAUUUCUGCUGUUUAAAAAAAAAAAAAAAAAAAAAGAUCUGAGGGUGAAAAAAUGCAAAACAGAAUCUCAGAAGUUUGAUCAGCAAGCGCCGAGCUCUGCUGCUCCCUUUGUUUGUUCUUCUGUAAUCUGUUCUUGUCCUUUUUUUCUAGUUCUAUCUGUCUGUUGCUGUUUUGUUCUUCAUUUUCUUUUUCAUAUGAACAUGUUUUAUUUCCUUUGUGAAGAUGUAUUUAUUUUAUAGCUCUAUGAUAUGCGAUGUUUAAAAAAAGCAUUACUGUAAAUGUGACUUGUACAGUUUCUUUUUUUUCUUUGCUAUGUGAUUUUCAGUUGUAAUACGGCUCUACUGUGAUGGGGGACACACACACGCACGCAAACACAUGCAAA